AUGGUGGUGAACGGAAAUUACGAUUAUGCUUCGGUGAUACGGCUCAGCUACAAGUUCUACGAAGCCCAAAGAGCAGGGGAGUUACCCGACGACGAUAUCCCGUGGAGAAAGAGUUCUUUCCUCGAUGACGGAAGCGACAAUGGAAUCGACUUGGUCGGUGGAUAUUUUGACGCUGGAGACUACGUGAAAUUCGGUUUCCCGAUGGCAUUUACGACCACCGUCCUGGCCUGGGGGAUGAUCGAAUACGCGAAUGCCUACGACAGUGCUGGCCUCUCCGAGGAAGGGAGGGAGCAACUUCGAUGGGCCACUGAUUACUUCAUCAAGGCUCAUCCAUCGGAAAAGAAGUUCUUCGGUCAAGUCGGGAAUGGAGAAAUCGAUCAUUCGUAUUGGGGUCGACCCGAGGAUUGGCCCUCCACCGAGGAGAGACCAUCCUACUUCAUCGACGAAAGUUCUCCAGGAUCGGACUUGGCUGCGGAAACGGCUGCAGCCAUGGCGGCCAGUUCCAUGGUGUUCAGGGGAAGCGAUGACACCUAUGCGGACACUCUACUUUCGCAUGCCAGGGAACUCUAUGCCUUUGCCGACGAGAAUAGAGGCAUCUACUCCGACGCCAUCACCGAUGCCAGCGAAUUCUAUGGGUAUGGAGGUUGCGUUCGAUCGCAGGAAACGCUUGGGGUCGGGAAGAUGUCGAGCGGAUACGAGGACGAACUGACGUGGGCGGCGGCAUGGCUUUAUCGUGCGACAGGAGAAACGUCUUACUUGAAUGAUGCAGAGUCGAAGUACGUGGAGUUUGGGCAGGACGGCCAGCCGUCGGAGUUCUCUUGGGACGACAAGAAUGCUGGCGUUCAAGUACUUCUGGCGGAGAUAACAGGAAACGAGAAAUACAGUGUGGCAGUGGAAGCCUUCUGCAACUACGUGAUUAAUGAGGCUCCCAGGACUCCGAAAGGUCUCGUCUUCAUUCAGGAUUGGGGUUCACUUCCUAACGCAGCUAAUGUCGUAUUCAUCUGUCUCUUGGGGGCAGACAAGUUGGGGCUAAACCAGGAGGCAUACCGAAACUUUGCCACGCAGCAGAUCGAUUACAUAUUGGGAGACACCGGUUUCAGUUACGUCAUUGGAUUCGGGACAAAUUAUCCUCUACACCCUCACCAUGCUUCAAGUUCUUGUCCGACCGUGGAUGAAUGCGGAGGAUGUGAAUGCGAUUGGAGUUAUUUUGAGACGCCGAAUCCGAAUCCUCAGAUCCUCGAAGGGGCUCUCAUCGGCGGGCCCGACAUCAAUGACGAUUUCCAGGACGAUCGUUCCGAUUUCAACCAGAAUGAGGUUGCCCUCGAUUAUAAUGCAGCCUUCCAAGGAGCUCUUGCCGGCCUCAUCGUUUCUAGCCAAUGA